AUGGUCCAACUCGGCACCCGUACGACCUGGACGCGGCAAACGCGCGUCGCGGCGCUAGUGAGCGUGUGGCUGCUCGUGCUGUGCUUCGUCUCGCUGUGGCUUGCGGCGGGCGAAGUGACCUCUAUCCCGUCGUAUGUCAAGACGACAGGCGAGGGCAUCGCGUCGCAGUUCGCUGCUGCGAAAUGCGACAACGCGUCCGAGGUGGCCGAGAUUGAGCGCCUCGCUGCCGACGCGACGAGCCUGCGCGCGGCCGCCGAGCAGGCCAAGGCCGACUCUGCGCGGCUGACGACAUGGAACGGCGGCCCGCUCUGCUCGCAGCCUAUCGUCGAUGCGCUCGCUGCGCUCGACAACAAGUGGGGCUCCAUCGGCCUCGACAUGAGCGUCGCGCACUGGGGUACCGGUGCGCGCGUGCGCCGCGCCGUGUCCAAGCUGUUGAAGGGGGAGGAGUUUACAAUCGGCGUCAUGGGCGGCUCGUUGACAUACGGCCACGGCCUGCCCGAGGGCGGCUCGCCAUGGCCCCUUCUCGUGGAGGCCGGCCUCAAGAAGGUGUUCCCCGCCGCAAAGGUCAAGGUCGUCAACGGCGCCAUCCCGGCCACGGGGACAGACUACUUCCAGGCUUGCUACCAGCACCAUGUGCCCGGCAGCUCGGACAUCUUCGUGCUGGAAGGGGCGGUGAACGAUCUGAUCAUCGAGGAUAAGGGCGAAGGCGGCGGCCUGAGCGUCGACACGACAAUCCACACCGAACACCUCGUCCGUGACAUCCUCGGUAAGCGGCCAGACAACGCCGUCAUCAUGUUCUCUGCGUUCGCAUCAUCGCGCGAAUGGUUCAACGGCGCAGACAAGCACUCGACCGUCGCCGCCUUCUACGACGUGCCCCGCAUCACUAUGCGCACAUUCCUCUACCAGUACAUCCUGCAGAACGAGGGGUCGCAGUUCGACUUUUAUGGCACGGCGGACAGGGAGCACCCGAACCAGGCGGGACAGGAGUACAUGGCUGAUAUCUUCCUGCACUACCUCCUCCGCGAGGCAUGCCGCGCCGAGACCCUCACCUCGGUGCACGACACGGCCCUGCUCGACGGGAAGAAGUACCCGGGGUUGAGCGGCACCGCGCUCAAGGGCCACUUUGACCCGUUCGCGCUACCGCGCAUCCGCGUCCACGACAGCAUCUACGCGGUGCAGGCGCCAGAGGUCCACUCGUACUGCCGUUCCGCGAACGUGCGCGACGCGGCCGACCGGCCCGCGCUGUACCCCAGCGCCAAGACGGGCGACUGGGACCAGGUCGGCUGGUCGGACAAGCACUUCUGGAGCUCGUCGACCCCCGGCGAGCGCAUCACGUUCAGCGAUAUCCCCGUCAGCGAGGGCACACUGUCCAUCUUCUACCUCCGCGGGCCGCACGAGGGGUCCAUGCUCUGCUGGUACGACGACAACCGCACACACGCACAGCAGGUAAUCGGCUACUGGGACUAUGUCAACGUCGGCAGCAUCGGAGUCGUUGCGACUGGCCUCCCAGCGAAGAACUACAGCUUGACUUGCGAGAUCGACAAGGAGACCAAGGCUGAGGGUAACGAGACGGUCGCGCAUAUCAUCGCCGUGAUGACGCGGGGCGGCGACAGCGGCGUCGACGCUGACGGCUCGAUCCGCUUCGACCGCUCCGUGCUGCGCGACUUUGCCGGCGAGCGCCUGAGCGUCGGUCGCACUGUCGUCGAUGACGUACUCGCCAAGAUCGCCCCCUCGACGCAGCUGGGGAACAAUAGGCUCUCGGCGGGGCAGGUGCACGCCGUGUUCCGGCUGCUGUCGCACCGGCGUAACGGCGUGCUCGACCCCGAGCUGGUGUUCGUGCCGGCCGAGCCCCUGCCGCUCGACCCCGAGAAGGAGGUGCCCGCGCCGCCGCGCCGCUCGAGCGUCCGCGUCAGCUCGGCCCCAAGCACGGCAACGACGCCGACCGGCUGGCCCGACAAGGCGAGCAAGCGCCCCAGCCUGCCGCCGCGCCCGCGCUCCCCGUCGUCCUCGCCACCAGCGUCGCCGCCCAUCGACGCGCGGCCGCGCAAGAGCCUCCCGAUGGGCAACAGCCUCGACCCGUUCCGCGAUAUCCCCAGCCCGUCCAACUCGCCCGCCAAGUCGCGCGCGUACUCUGCCUCGGCGGCGGUAGGGAGCAACAACCCUUUCCGCGCGAGCAUCGUCGCCGCUGCCGACGUCGCUGUCGACCCGCUGGAGACGAUCAGUGCGCCGCCUACGGCGUCGACGUCGUCCGCGCCGAGGCCACCUCUGCCGCCCCGGAAGCCGAGCGUCAGGCGGCCUGGGUCUGCGCUCCCGCCUCGCGUGCCGUCGCUGUCAAAGUCGAAGACGCGGCCGACGCGCGCCGACUCGACGUCGUCGUCGUUCUCCGACGCGUCGAGGAACGAGCCGACAAGCACGUCCCAGCCAUCUGAUCUGAUGCAGCAGAGCCUGGCCGCAGCCCAGGCCAGCGCUAGCGUUCGCCAGCGCCGCGGGAAGGAGGAGGCAGUGUUACAGGUUAUCCGCUCGUCGGCCAUCGAGAGGCCGCAGCCUCCACCGCCGGCUGGCCGGCGCGACAUCAUUGACACUGUGAACCGCGCUGUGCGCGAGUCGCAGGUCGACCCGCCACCUCCCCCACCACAGCGUGUGCCGUCUGCAUCAUCGCGUGUCAAGCCGCCAGUCGCGCCCAGGCCGUCCCCCACCCCCGUGCCCCUCUCUGCGGCGUUCAACACUGUCGCAGAAGGGUACAAGGCAAAGUACCCCGGCCUCCGGACAUGGUCGCCUGUUGGGUUGCUUGCCGAUCGGCCCGGACGGACAAACUACGCCAUGAUCAUUUUAAAUCAGCAGAUCACGCGCCGGGACACGCUGUACCGCGCGUGGGCGGCAAGCACGGUGAGGCUGUGCGCCGACGGCGGUGCGAACCGUCUCUACGAUGCUCUGGACGCUGAGGAGCGUGCCAUUAUGCUCCCUACCAUGAUCAAGGGCGACCUCGACUCGCUGCGCUCCGACGUCCGAGCGUACUACUCAUCCAAGGGCGUGGCCAUCAAGCGCGACCCGUCAGAGUACGCGACGGAUCUGAUGAAGUGCAUGGAGGAGGUGGAGGCGAUUGAGAAGGCUAGCGGCAAGCAGUUCGCGCUACUCUUCUAUGGUGGAUUCUCCGGGAGACUCGACCAAACCGUCCACACCAUGUCGGUUUUACUCAAACUCCGCGAGAAACGCCGCGAGACAUAUGUCAUCAGCGAGGACUCACUGGCCUGGGUGACCGACACGGGCGCGCACCUCAUCGAUAUUGAUCACGCGACCAUGGGCCAGACGUGUGGCAUCCUUCCUAUUGGUGUCGAGGACGCGUUUGUCCGCACCGAGGGGCUCAAGUGGAACCUGAACUGGGUCACGUCUAUCGGCGGCGAGCUCAGCACGUCGAAUCACCUUUUGCCGUCUGAACCGGCCGUGUUCCUGGAGACGACAGCGCCAGUUUUCUGGACGGUGGAGAUCCAGCCCAACCUCGCCAUCCCGUUGCUCAAAUCGCCGCUGUCACCCGCCGACGAGGUCGCGCGGGGCGUCAAGGACCUCGGUAUGGGUAUUGCUCGUGCAGCCGGAGAGGUGCGCAAGGACUUUGGCCGCCGGCUGUCGACCCGGCAGGUGCCUAGCCACGCGGCUGCUCCCAACGGGGUGGGGCAACUUGGUGACCGUGAACGUGAGCGUGGGGAACGGGCUGGGCUGGUGAGAAACAGCGACGACGAGUAUGCUGAGCGUGAGCGUGAUGUUGAUGGCUAUGCUCAGCUCGACUAGAUGUGUGUGUGUGUGUGUAUGCAUGGGGCGUGGGCGUGGG